AUGUUUAAAAGUUUCCUGGCAACUGCAGCCUUUGUGCUAUGUGUGUACCGUAUAAACUGUUCUAUAGAAGGAACUACGUCAAAUGAAAUUCAAACAGAAAAGACGAACACAAGCGAAAGAACUGGAAGAUCAUUAAAUAAAGAAUGCAAUAAUAGUUUGAACGCAAAAUGUAUAAAAAUCCACGUACUGUCGUUCUUGGAAGAUCUAAGUUCGAGGGAUGAGUUAACAUUGUUACCAGGAUUGAGUAUUGUAAAAGAGAACUACACAUCGAAUACGAGUCCUGAAGAAAUGGCGGCGGAGUUAUCCCGUCAAUUCCCUGGAAAACCAGAGGAGAAAUUAAAUCGGUUUCUGAUUUACCGUUUGCAGGAUUAUUUGGAUGGUCACUCUUUGAGGUAUAAGUUACUGGAUCCGAAGACUUCGCAGGAGGCGUUGGAUAUGGCUAAUGGGGAAGAGUCAGUGGGGAGGAAAGGAGGUGGAGGAGGUUUGGGAGGUGGCGGCAAAGGAGGUGGCGGUGGUGCUUUACUCGCUGCUGCUUUAAUGAUGAAAGGUGCUUUAGGUGCUGCUGCUUUGGGGGCGUUAGCAUUACUAGCUGGGAAAGCACUUAUGACAGCCUUAAUGUCACUUCUGUUAUCAGCGUUGGUAGGAUUAAAAGGUGGCGGUGGUCACAAAUCCACUACUUACGAGAUCAUCACCAAACCAGAGGUCUCUCAUCACCAUUCCCACAGUCAUGAGGAACAUCACGAACAUGAACACGGUCACCACGGUGGUUAUAGACGUGCUUAUGACGCUGAUUAUAACAGCUACAUGCCUUACGAUAAUGUAAGCUAA